AUGACGACCCUGCGCCACGACCUGUAUCCGCAUCAGCACUACCAGCACCAGCAGCCGCACCAGGACAUGGCCAUGACAACACCACCACCACCGCCCGGACAACAUUCUAACAAUCACAACCACUUAUUUACUGCUGCCAUUAGUUCUGCUACUAUUCCUCUUCCUCCUCCGCCCCCUGCCUCCACCGACUUCAAACCUGCUGCCGCCGCCGCCUCCGCCAACGGCAGCACCAGCACCACCGGCACCGGUACCGGCCAGGACAUGGCGCUGACAGAACGGUGCAUCGCCUCCUUUUACUACUACUUCUUCGCCUCUCAUCCGUUUGUGCUUCCGGAACAGAAGCUCCUCAAGAGCCUCGACGAUGCCACGGCCCAGCCGGCCAUCACCGCCGUACGCUGGGUCGGCUCGCUCUUCCUGCCGCUGCCCGAAAGCUCCCGCCUCGAGCUGUUAGCAAGUGCCAAAAAGGCCAUUGAGACAGCCUCGGUCAAGAAUGGUUUCCUGGUGCAGGGCAUGCUGCUGCUCGGUAUUGCGCUUGACGGCACCGGCGACACGGACGGCGCCCGGCAGAUGCGCCGGGACGCCCUCAAGCUGGCCCUUGAUGUCGGCAUGAACAGCGACGACUUUGCCGAGGGCCACGGCCGCGGGUGCCCGACGCUCAAGGAGAGCUGGCGCCGGACCUGGUGGGAAUUGUUCAUGGUGGAUGCGCUUGCUGCCGGUCUGCAUGGUGAGCCGGCGUCUGUGAUUCUCGACGACGAGACGACGGUAUCGCUGCCGUGCGAGGAGCGGCAUUACAUUUCUGGCGAAAUUCCACUCCCCAUGCCAUUUGAAAGCCUCGAAGAGUCCGGCUUUGGCGACGAAAUGUCGCCAACCCUCUCGUCCUUUGCAUACCGCAUCACCGCAGGCCACAACCUGCAGCGCUACUCGGAGAUGGGCGAGAUUGCCAGCCGCGACGACAAGCGCAUGGCCGUGAUUGACGCGCGCCUCUGCAACUGGCGCCUGCAUCUGCCGCUGCGCAAGCAUGACUCGCUGCAGGACAACGGCAGCUUUGACGAGAUGAUGUUCCAGGCACACAUGAUCUGGCACGCCACCGCGAUGCUGCUGCACCGGCCCUUUUCCAACAUCUUUAGCAAGCCGCGCCCGGCCAUUACGGACACGAACCCGCCCAACGCAUACAACAAGCACACGACGCACGUCAUGACCUCGGCCGGUGCGGUGAGUGACAUGAUUGCCUACCGCACGCCCAUUAUCAACCACACGCACUUUCUCGUCGAGGUCCUGUCGAUAUCAUCGACCAUCCAUCUCGGCCGCUGGGCGCAGAGCAGGCCCACGUGCAACAAGACGGAUCUGGUCACGCAGCAGGUGCUUCUCAACAUUGGUGCGCUGCGAAACCUCUCGACCAUCUGGAAGAGCGCAAAGAAGUCUACCGAUGCCAUCCAGGGUAUCUCCCGCCAGCUGUACCUUGAAAAGACGGGUGCUGGGCCCGGCCUGGACCGGUCGCUGGUGCUGCAGACAAUUGCAGCGUUUGCACAGCGGCGCCAGAGAUAG